ACCUCAAGUUCUCCCUCCUCUAUUGCUAUUUCUGCCGGUAGUUCAAAGGUUGUUUCUUCCGGUGGUGCAAAAGCUAUUACCUACUCUCCUUACACCAACUCUGGUAACUGUAAAGAUGCUGAUACCGUCGCUAGUGAUCUCGCCAAGUUGUCCGGCUACGAAAUCAUCAGAGUUUACGGCACUGAUUGCGAUACCUACGGCAAAGUCUUAUCGGCUAUUGGAAGUAACCAAAAACUCUUUGCUGGUAUUUUCCACAUCACUGAUAUCCAAUCUCAAGCUAGCUUGUUAAUUGAUGCUGUCAAAUCCUCUAGCAGAGGCUGGAAUGCCAUCUACACUGUCUCCAUUGGUAAUGAAUUGGUUAACAAUGGUGCUGCCAGCACUGGCCAAAUCAAAUCUGCCAUUGAUUCUGUUAGAUCCAUUCUUAGUUCUGCUGGUUACACUGGUCCUGUUGUCUCUGUUGAUACUUUAGUUGCUGUCAAAAACAACGUAGCCUUAUGUGAAUACUCUGACUACAUUGCUGUCAACUGUCACCCUUUCUUCGAUGGUAAAGUUAAACCUUCUGAAUGUGGUUCUUGGUUGAAAAGUCAAGUCAAUGAAGUCUUUGAAAAAUGUGGCUCUUCCAAAUCUGUCUUCAUUGCUGAAACUGGCUGGCCUCAUUCUGGUCAAUCCAUUGGUGUCUCUGUUCCCUCUUCUGAAAACCAACAAACUUGUAUUGCCUCUAUUAAAGAGACUCUUGGCUCUUCCGUCACUUUAUUCUCUCAAUACAACGACUACUGGAAAGACCCUGGUCCAUUCGGUGUUGAACAAGCUUGGGGUAUGUUUGGUGAU